UGUUAGGGGCCGAGGCAAGAUGGCGGAUGUGCUGAGCGUACUGCGUCAAUACAACAUCCAGAAGAAGGAGAUUGUGGUGAAGGGGGACGAGGUCAUCUUCGGAGAGUUUUCCUGGCCGAAGAAUGUGAAGACGAAUUAUGUGAUCUGGGGGACGGGAAAAGAAGGUCAGCCGAGAGAGUAUUAUACUCUGGAUUCCAUAUUGUUUUUGCUUAACAAUGUGCACCUCUCCCAUCCUGUAUAUGUGCGACGUGCUGCAACAGAGAAUAUUCCUGUAGUUCGAAGACCAGACAGAAAGGACCUACUCAGCUAUUUAAAUGGUGAAACGUCAACAUCUGCAAGUAUAGACAGAAGUGCACCUCUAGAAAUUGGAUUGCAACGGUCAACACAAGUAAAAAGAGCAGCUGAAGAAAUAUCAUCAGAGUUAAAGAAACCCAGGAUAGAGGAUGAAGAACGUGUACGACUUGACAAAGAGCGUUUGGCAGCUCGUUUGGAAGGCCACAAAGAAGGCAUUGUACAGACAGAGCAAAUUAGGUCAUUGUCAGAGGCGAUGUCUGUGGAAAAGAUUGCUGCUAUUAAAGCCAAAAUUAUGGCAAAGAAACGUUCCACUAUCAAGACAGAUCUGGAUGAUGACAUUGCAGCUUUGAAGCAAAGAAGUUUUGUAGACUCUGAAGUAGACGUAACCAGAGAUAUUGUCAGCAGAGAAAGAGUAUGGCGAACAAGAACUACCAUUCUCCAAAGUACUGGCAAGAAUUUUUCCAAGAACAUAUUUGCAAUUUUACAAUCAGUAAAAGCUAGGGAGGAAGGAAGAGCACCAGAACAGAGACCCCCACAAAAUGUAAUACAACCGGACCCAGCAUUGCGAAAUAAACAGCCUAUUCCAGCAGCAUACAACCGAUAUGAUCAGGAAAGAUUUGCAAAGAAGGAAGAAACUGAAGGUUUCAAGAUUGAUACAAUGGGCACCUACCAUGGUAUGACACUCAAAUCUGUGACGGAAGGUGCUUCUGCUCGAAAGGCUCAGACUCCUGCUGUUCAACCUGUCCCAAGACCAGUGUCGCAGGCAAGGCCACCACCAAAUCAAAAGAAGGGUUCUCGAACUCCUAUCAUUAUUAUUCCAGCAGCUACCACUUCUUUAAUUACCAUGUUGAAUGCAAAAGAUCUGUUGCAGGAUUUGAAGUUUUUCCCAUCUGACGAGAAGAAAAAGCAAGGGUGCCAGCGGGAGAAUGAAAUCCUGAUCCAGCGGCGAAAGGACCAGGUGCAACCAGGAGGAACCGCCAUCAGUGUCACAGUGCCUUAUCGAGUGAUAGACCAACCUCUUAAACUUUUGCCACAAGACUGGGAUCGCGUUGUGGCUGUUUUUGUACAAGGUGCUGCGUGGCAGUUCAAGGGGUGGCCUUGGUUAUUACCUGAUGGAUCACCUGUGGAUAUAUUCGCAAAAAUCAAGGCAUUCCACCUGAAAUAUGAUGAAAUGCGUCUGGAUCUGAAUGUUCAGAAGUGGGAUGUGACUGUACUGGAACUGAGCCACCACAAGCGCCAUCUUGACAGAGCAGUUUUGUUACGUUUCUGGGAGACUUUGGACAGGUACAUGGUGAAGCACAAGUCCCAUUUGAGAUUCUAAUUGUCUGAAACUCUGUGGUUGCUGCCAUUCAUUUCUGAGAGAUUGGAGGAAAUCGACAAGAGCCACAUAUAUCUUGGGACUAAACUGUUUCAUUGACAUCUCUACGUUUGUCAAGAGCAGUGACAGUAUAAUAUGAGUGAAUUUGAUAUGUCUCGUAUGCGAUACUCGUUGGAAAACUUCUAUUGCAUUGGGGAAUUGAUGUCUGCAACAAUUAGACAUAAACAAUGUGCUUAUACUACCAGUUUUCCAAUGGUAGAUUGACUCCUAGUCUGCAAACUUAAAUUUGUAUUUUAUUCUAUAGUGAGUGUUUAUAUUUCAUUUCUAUUUUUCAGGCAGCACUUUUUUUUAUUUUACACCAUCCUUUCUCUCUUCCAGCUUUUCCUUCUACAGUUGUGAGUAAGUUGCAAAUUGUAUAUCAUCAUUGCUGUGGGACAGGGAUUUCUUCAAACCGUUCUCAGGUAGAAUAAGUGAUAAGACAGCCAUAGAUGACAUAGGUUGAUUUUUCUGUUUUUGUAAAAUAUUACAAAAUUAUACAUUGAAGUACAGCUGCCUUCAACUGUGAUGGGGCUCGAACAAUCACUUGGGUAUUGUUAAGAAUUUGGGUGCAGAGAGAAAGAAAACAUAAAAUGUCCAUUAUUUCUAUUAUGAAAAAAUUAAUUGAAGCCCUGAACUUUAGAGCAUUGACUGAAAGGUAGGUAAUAAUGGUUUGUAACUUUGAAACCUAUCAUCUGUACUUAGCUUUCUAAGCACAAACGUGAAAGGCUGAUGCUGUACUUGCAAGUUCUGUAUUUCAAACUUCUUAAAGUCCAUCAGUGUCGACAUACAAAUGAUUAAGAAUCCACUUAUACUGCUUGCUGACAUGAGAUAAAUAUAUUCCAUAAAGUACCAUUUUGUUGCUGUUUUCAUUACACUUCCAUCCGUGUGUUGAAAGAAUUCACAUUUAUUUCUCUCUUCUUUAGGGAUAAAAGGAAGGGUUUUAGUUUGAGGGCACAAUCCUCAUUUAUUCAGCUUCAGAAAUGCAAGCAGUAUCAGUAAAACUUGAGAAUUGAUAUGUGAACCAUUUUAAAUUAUUGACUGAGAGUCGGGCUUGCAAAGUUUAAAAGCAAAGUUUGCCUCAUGGUGAUACAUUGAAGGAGUCACACUGAUGCAAUGUAUUUAUUUAAAUAGUGAUCAUAAGUAAUAAUUAAAACUAGUUAAUAGUUGAGCUGGAAAGUCACAUAAGGGAAAAUGUAAGUGAUGCUCACCACAGCAUGGGAUAGUGCCAAAAAGAACAAUUCAGUCUAUUUUCCUAACAGUCAGUAUCUUAAGAUAAAAUAGAAACAGAUUGAGCACAAUAUCUGAUUUAGUAAAAAUAGCUAUUUGAAGCUGUUUAUAAUGGUCCAGGGACAAAACCUCUCCCAGGAUUUUGUUUUUUGUCCUGCUGUCUGGUUUGAACUGGAAAGUGGUUUUAUACAUUCAAUCCUACAUUAUAUUCAUAAGUAGAAGUACUUUAGGUGGAUGAAACUCAAUCAAAUAGAUGAAAUUGUUUUAACUGCUGUUUUGGAUAACCAUAAAUAAAAGGUAAUGAUGCUGAAACAUGGAAAAAAAAUCUGAGUUCACACAGUAUAAACAAUAUUGAGUAUUGUGCUGUAAAACCUGAAAAUGUGUAACAGUAUCCAAGAUCAAAUGUCAAUUGUGAUAGAGUUUGGAGAACAAUGAAUAAGACUGAAUAACUGUUACGUCAGUGAUGCUUUCUUUUCAGUGAAGCUUGUAAAAAUUAAAUGUUUUACUUCUUGUGUCUACUAUAAAAUAGAUAACCAUUUAUCCCAUCUUCAUAGGUCGAAGGAAAAAUAUAGUUCCUAUCCAAGUUAUUCUAUUUUCAAAAAUAGUCCAAAUUAAACAUUAAGCUUGUUCAUUUACAUUGAAAUUUGAUCGCAGCUGUUAGGUAGCAAGGUAGAAACAAAACAAAUUAAGAACAGAGUUGAAUGACUGUGUUCAUUUCAGCUUUAGAUUGCCUGCCAUGAUGCCCUCGAUUUAGUCACAGUGAAUGAUCCAUUGUCAUUUAGGUGGGCAAUUGUACAAGCUUCAUGAGAAAACAGACACAAAGGUUGCUGAGAGUGGUGGGCUUAGAAAACAACUCUCAGCAAUGCUGGUAAGGUGUCACUGCUGUGCACCACCCUGAAGAAUAAAUAAUUUGAACGUUUUCUGUCAUCAUUGGUCGAGUUAUUUUCAGUAUCUCACCAGUCUCAAUAUGCUAUUUCAGUUUGUGGUUCAUGAAAUAUUUACCAGUAUGAGAUGCAACUUUAAGCCUACAAUUUCACUUUUAAAAGUAUUGAUAAUUUCAUCACACCUUUGUACAAGGUUAUUUGAUAUCAACGUCGCUUUCACAUUGUAAGAUGGCCAACUGAAAAUAACAUACAAAAUCUCUUAAAUCUCACAUCUUAUGAAUUGAAGUUGGUCUAAGUCUUCACUGUUACCGUAGAUGUUCAUUCUCACAUCUAAACCUAUGUAGUUACUGUUUAUUCAGCAGGAAAAAGGUUGAUGUCUGCCUUUCUGUAGUGUCUGCCAAAAAAUGAGGUAAUUGUGUGUGUGUGUGUGUGUGUGUGUGUGUGUGUGUGUGUGUGUGUGUGUGUGUCUGUAUGUUCAUUCUUUAAUGUAGCUGCUGUAAUGGUUUAGUUAAAUUAAGCUGUUUGGAUCUUAUUACUAUUACUGUCAACAAUAUUAAUCUGUUUGCUUUCAACUGUCUCACACAAUAAUUCAAGUAAUGUGAAGUCAUGCAACAUCAGGCAGCGAGAUGAGCAGCUCCUGCUUGUUGGUGGCACAUUGUCUCCUCUCUCUGUUUUCAAAUUCAAAAGUUUUGUAUUUUUUGCUUUAUUUUGUAGUGAGAGAUUUAUGGCAAAAGGCUCUAUUUUCACAAGUAGGGUUUUUUGUACCAAAUGUUACACGUGGGAAACAAACUGUAGCUUUUACAGAAGUGCAUAAAACUACAAAUUGUUGAUGCUCUGUGUGGGUUCCUAAAAUACCACCCAUUAAAAAAGAUUUAUCAGUUAGUUUAUCGUUAAAUCUUUAAUAAGGUCACAUUUGUGUUAUAGUGGCUAAUCACAAAUGGAGCUAGAAGCACAAAUUUAAUAUGACCACACAUUAGAAUAAACUAGAAAACACAUGCAUCCAUUGGGUAAGGGAAGGUUUUAAAAUAAAUUGAUUUUUAUUAUAUGACAAAUAAAAUGAUGUACAAUUAAA